AUGUCCAGUGCAGAAGUCUGUAAUCCCCUAUCGACUUCUCAUCCCGUAGAAACCAGUGGAGGAGUAAUAGUGGCUCCUGGUGGCGAACAUUUGUCUUCCCAGUCAGCAUCGACGAAAACAAGUAAUCUGUCCGAAACGAAGAAUGGUUUUAGUGGCCGAAGUAGUCCAAACAAGGAAACUGACCCUACGCUAGCAAGAAAACCCGAACUUGGGGAAGUGUUUCGUGACUCGUACAUUGAUAAAGCUCGCGAAAAGCACGGUGAACUUUUACCCCACGUGAUGCAUCCAGGAGGGAGAGCAGCCGGUGUGUACCCUCAGCUACACAAUGUGACACAACAACAACGGGCUCCCACCUUACCGACCCACCAAGGGUUGUAUGGAUUAUCUCCACAUUUAAUUCCUCCCCCACCACAGGCCGGCAGGGCCUCCAUUGACCCACAUUCGGUGCAUUCGCCACGGCACAGACAUCUAAUGCACACUCAUCCCUUGCUAAACCCCCAAUAUGCCCCUGCUGUUAACUUAAGCAUCUGGCCACACAAACAUCCCCAUUUGGUUAGUUCCCAGUUCAUGAUGCAAGGUGUUUCGGAAGAACUACUGAUGCAACAAGAAAGGGAACGGGCAAUUAUUGAGAAGCAGCGGGCGUGGAUUUUACCCACAGAAAGGGAUAAAAAAGAUGAAAAAGAAAGGUUGGAGCAGCAGAAGAACGAGAGAGAAAAACAUGAACAACAGCGGCUGGACAAAGAAAGACAUGAAAGAGAGAGACAGAUUUCAGAGCAUAUUACAGGAGAGCGUAGCAACCGGCCUAAGGUUUGGGAAGAGAAAGAAAGAGCUCAGCGAGAAGUGCAGUUUCACUUCGAAGAAUCAUUGCGAUUGGCAAAUAAUAAGAAAAAUUUAGGGUGGAGCCAUAUCUCAAACCUUCCUUUGACAAAACAUUCAUUAGGACAGAGAUCAAGUCCAGCAUUAAGUAGAGCCCCUCCAUUAACACUACAACCAGUUGAAAGAGACACUGAAGAAAGAAGAAAAGAUUGGGUUGAAAUUGAAGCAGAAGAAAAAACAGAAUUGCGGCAUUGA